UUACUGCCGGAAUAUACAACAAUCCUAGCGCGUACAAUGACGCAGAAACCACGUGCUUCUAAACGCCGUCUCUCCGCUUCGGAAUGGCGCACGUCUGUGAUCGAGCUGCCAUCGGCGAUGACGAUCGUCGCUGCGAAUUUUGCAGCAAACUGUUCAUACAGAGGAAGAACAUGCUGCAACACAUCAGGAACGUUCACAGAAUGGCCGUGGAUGUCAAGAAAUUGAUGAAAUGCGACGUAUGUGGCACUUCCCUGCCUACAAUGGAGAAGAGAGAGAGAAAUAACGUUUAUUUGGAGAAGUAUUCGGUGCACCAGAUCGCUGCGCACAACUUCGAGGCUGACUACGUGCACCUGUGUUCCGGAACAAUAAGGAAUUUCAUGAACGGAAAGCAGAAGAGGGUAGCCAAAACUGCUGGUUCAUUUUGCCCAGGGACCCCAAAAAGCUGGGCAGUGGAGAGACAAGGAUCCACUAUUACUGUAAUAGAUCAGGCGAGGCAAGGAAAAAGGAAGGUCAUAGUGACCGUCGGGAGAAAAGUCAGGGGAGCUGUAGGUCUGGUAAGAUAUGUCUUUCAUUUAUUACCAUCACAAUGGACAACACUCAGAGUCCGACACCUGAAAGCACCACUUAUGGUCAUAAACCAGAAAUUCAGCACUUGGGAAUGAGUGACAAGGAAAAGGCCAGCGUAGCAGAGAACCUAGAAAGGGGUGUGCCCAUGAAAACCAUUCUAAAGCGAAUAAGAACAUCUGUGGCAUCCAAGCUGAGGCCAGUGCACUUGGCAGAGUGCUCAACCCUGCAUAACAUCAAACGGCAGUUUAACAUUGCUGCUCCUGAACGUUGUCACACUAAUGACGCUGUCAGUGUAGACAUGUGGGUGCUUGUGAUGAAAGAAAAAGGUGAAACACUUGUCUGCCUGUACAAGGCACAAGGUGCAGUGGACCCAAGUGGUACAUUUUCUUCAGCAGACUUUGCUCUUGUUCUGAUGACAGAGCCUCAGAAGGAGCUACUAGAAAAAUUGGGCCCUGCAGGGACUGUAUGUCUUGACUCCACACAUGGAACUAUAGAGUACCUGUUUGAGCUGACCACUCUUCUGGUGCUAGAUAAAGUAGCAUCAGUUGUAGCUAUAGCUUAUUUCAUCUGCAACCAGAUGAACGAGCAAACUUUGACAGCAUUCUUCAAAUAUCUGGAGUCGGCCAUGGCCAAAAAAGUGGCCGCUAAGACAUUGAUAUCUGAUGAUGCCUCGCAAUUCUACAAAGCAUGGUCCAGGGUCAUGGGUGCCGCAAAACAGAAACUUCUCUGUGCCUGGCAUGUGGAUAACAAUUGGCGUAAGAAGACACUCGAGUGUGUAGAGAGACAGCUAAGGCCACAUGUUUACCAUAGUGUGUGGCUACUCUUAGAGUUCCUCGCGGAAAAGGCAUUUGAAGAUUAUUUUAAGCAAUUCCUUUCUAGUGAGGAAGAAAAACUGAGGGACUUCCUCAAGUACUUCAAAGACCACUAUGCAGUUAGGCCGCAAGAGUGGGCCUAUCGCUUUAGGACUAGAGCAGCUGUCAACACUAACAUGCACCUUGAGAGCAAGCACAGGACGUUAAAGCAUACUAUGCUGGAGAGAAAACAGAAUAAGCAUGGUGACAAACUAAUUUCUGCCCUCAUGGACUUGACAAAUCAUUUUUUAAUCAAAGGGGCUAGCCAGAUAAUGAAAGGGGCAAAGGGUAAGGAGCUGAGAACAAUUCAGAAGAACCACAGGUCUGGCAGUGUUUUCAUGCUUGUGGAAAGUGAAAGUGACCCAAAAAGAAAGAUGCCAGACCAUUCAAAUGAACCAGCCAACAAAAAAGUUGUGCACCUGUUAAGAUUUCACUCUACAAAAAACCCUAGAUUGUCGCAGCCAUCAUCUAGCCUUUCAAGGCCCACUGAAGCUCAAAAGGAAGUCCUUAAAUAA